GCUGGUUGUACGGAAUAUUCAACCAUUAACUAGUUCUAUUUAUAUAUAUUGACUUUUCUGUUCUCAUAAUGGAGGAGAGCAGACCAGCAGGAGAGGACACGUUUGAGUCCCUGGAGGAGUUCCACAUGAUCCUCAACGAGCUGCUAGAGGACCAGAGCAUGGACAAGGUCCGGGGGGAGUACGAGAAGCUGGUCCAUGCUCUGAAGAAGUCCAGAGAGAAUGAGAAGAGGCUGAUGUCCAAAUGCAGGGAGCUGAAUGCAGAAGUUGUGUCCACCUCCACUAAAGUAGCAGCGGCCCUGAAACUGUCCCAGGAAGACGAGACAACCAUCGCUUCUCUAAAGAGGGAGCUGGAUAAAGGCUGGAAGAUGGUGGACGCCGCUCAUGAUAAAGAGAGGAGGGACAAAGAGACCAUCAGGGAUUUGAAAGAAGAAGUUUCCAAACUUAUGAAAAUGGCUGAACAACCAACUGGCUCCUCUGUGGACCAGGAGCAGAGCAAUCUAAUCAAAAUGAACAAGGAGUUGUCAGAGGAGAGGGAUGUGUUGCUGGCGACCGUGGAGAGCUUGAGUGAACAACUAAGCGAGGCCACCGCGACCCAGCAGGAGAUAGAGGCCCAGCGAGACCGCGCCUCAGAGAACAUCUCUCAGCUCCAGCAGGAGCUCCAGGUGCAACAGAAUGAGAUUUCACGGGAGGUGAGGUUGAAGGAGAAGCUGGACAAGGAGGUGAAGCAGCUGCACGUCGACACGGAGGCCAAGAUGGGGGAGAUCAAGGCCCUGAGUCUGCAGGGCCACAGGGCCAAAGAGGAGCAGCAGAGACUGGAGCAGCAGCUGAAAGAGUUAAAGAUCUUGAAUGAGCGAUCCACUAGAGAGCUGGAGCAGACUCAAGGGAAGAACCACAGGCUGCUGCAGGAGGUUGAGCAGCUCUCUGCAGUCAAAGAGCACCUCUCCCUGGAAGGUCAGCAGAACGCCAAUCAGCUCAAGAUGAGAGAAGAGGAGGUGAGUCAGAUGCGUCAGGAGAUUGCCAAACAAGGAAAGAUGAGGGAAGCCACCCAGAAGAAGCUACACCAGAUGGAGGAUCAGAAAGCUGACGUGGACGUGCAGAGGGAGACACUGAGAGCUCAGAUCGCUGGUCUAGCGAAAGAUCUUGAAUCUUCCCAAAAGCAAGUCGAAACGGACAAGAAAGCCAUCGACGAGCUAAUCCGAGAGAGAGACAUCUUGAAUAAGAACACCAUCAAAGCCGCGCAGUCGACUGAGAAACAGGAGAACCUCGUGAAGCUCCUGGAGCAGGACAAGAAGACCCUGGAACACGAGAUCAGUGGCUACCGCCAGGAGGCCCAGAAGCAGCGCAAGAUCAUUCAGCAGCUGGAGAAGGAGCGCGACCGCUACAUCAACGAGACCAGCAACCUCAUGCAGAAGGUGCAACAGAAAAUGAGCGACGUUGAAGUAAGAGAGACGGAGAUAUUUGAUUGGCGGAAGAAGGUCACAGAGGCGGAGUGCAAGCUCAAACAGCAAGAGAACCUGCUGGAGUCUGUGGUGUCUGAAAGGAACCUCUACAGCAAGAACCUCAUCGAGGCUCAGGAAGAGAUUGCCGAGAUGAGGAGGAAGAUGAAGACCAUGAACAACCAGGUCACCCGACUGAGAGAUGAGAUCACUGGGAAGGAGCUUGCCCUUUCCAAGGAUCAGCAGGAGCACAGGCGUCUGGAGAAGGAUAACGAGGCCCUCAAGGGGGAGCUGCAGCUGAUGAAGCUCCAGCUUGAAGAAACAAAGCAGCGAGUUGACACUCAGAAAGCAGAGCAGCAAAAGCUGCAGAAGAUUAUAGCCGACGGUGAAGCUGAGCAGGCCCAACAGAAGAAACAACUGGACCAGGUGAUCAGGGAGCGGGACAACCUGGGCAAACAGCUGCUACACCGCAACGACGAGCGUGCGCUGCUCUAUGAGAAGAUCAGGAUCCAGCAAUCCAUCCUGAGCAAGGGCGACUUCCACUACAACCAGCGGGUGGAUGACAUCCGCCUGCUCAAGCUGGAGAUCAAGAGGCUCCGCCGCAAGAAGAGCAUCCUGGACAAGACCAUUCCCAACACAGAGGACCUGAGGCGAGAGCUGUUCCACCUGCAGAGGGUGCUGCUGAGAGAGAGGACGAGAAACAGUGUCCUGGAGGGACAGCUGAAGCCCAUCAAUAUCCACAGGUGGAGGCGCCUGGAGGGCAGUGAUCCCAACAAAUACGAGCUCAUCCAGAAGAUUCAGUCCUUACAAAAACGACUGAUUGCUAAGACCCAAGAGCUGGAGGAGCACGAGCUGCUGUUACAGGAAAAGGAGAAGCUGUACGUGGAGCUGAAGCACAUAAUGGUCCGGCAGCCGGGUCCAGAGGCAGCUGAGCAGCUCCAGCAGUGCCAGUGGACCGUCAGAGAGAGAACUAAGAAGCUCAAGGCGUUGAUAGCAGAGCUGAGAAUGCUCGACUCAAAGAUGAACGAGUACAAAAGUGAGAAUCAACGAUUAGCCGAUGAGCUCGCGAACACAAAGAAGAAAUACCUGAGCCAGAAAAAGCUUCACAGCGAGCAGAGGACCAGGACCACUGUGGACCAUGUGGACCUGCUCCCCCAGCUGAGCAGCAAACCUCACUUCACUGGAGGAGGCUUCAGGAUCGACAACCCUGUGAGAAGAUAAUGGCCUUGAUAGAUGCCAAUAUUUCAUAAACCGUCUGA